AUGAAAAAAGGGUCCAUUAGACAGUCAUAUCCUAGUUCUCCUCCUUCGCCCCUUCUCUCCCAUCUCUUUCGCAUCCCUCAUACGAGUCCCAAACGGAUUUACGACUCCUACUUAUCCAUCGUGCAUUUGCCACUAGAUAGGUUGGCUGGAUUUUCGUGA